AUGGAAAAUAUACGCAUAGGUUUUAUCGGUGGUGGUCGUAUUAUCCAAGCAUUACUUGAUGGACUUAAUGAAGCUGAUUAUCUUGACAAGAUGCAUAUUUGGAUUAGUUGUCCAUCUGCUGAAGAUGAUAAAUCAUUAUUGAAACGUUUUAAUAAUACUAUUCAUAUGACAACAUCAAAUACUGUCUUAUGUAAUAAUUGUGAUAUUGUAUUAUUUGCUGUAAAAGCAAAAUUAAUAAAAUCUGUUUGUCAAGAAAUUAUAAAAACUGUCGAUAAUGAACGUCUAAAAAAUAUAUUAUUUAUAUCAAUAAUUCCCGGUCUAACUAUUUCAACAUUAAAUCAAUGGCUUCAAACAGGAGAAAAUAUUGUUCGAAUUAUGUACAAUGUUAAUGUUGCUAAACGUAAUGGUUCAUAUGCUAUAUCAUCACCAAAAACUAAUGAUAAUAAUCCAUUGCAAAUCUAUUUAAAAUCAGUUUUCGAUAAAGUAGCUUAUUUUGCUGGUAAUGUUACAGAAACUGAAUUAGAUAUCAUGUGUGCAUUGAUUGGUAGUGGUCCAGCAUUUUUUUGUACUGCUGUUGAAGGUUUAGCUGAUGGUGCAGUUAAAGCUGGUCUUUCACGUCAGUUAGCGAAUACAUUAGCUGCUCGGACUAUGCUUGGCUGUGCUGAUAUUUUAGUAUCAUCAUCUAAACAUCCUGCUGAACUUAAAAAUGAUAUUUCAACACCAGCUGGUACAACCAUUUAUGGUUUACAUGAACUUGAAAAUAAAGGUGUACGAGGGGCAUAUAUGGAUGCACUUAUGUCAGCAUUUAAUCGUGCACAGACAAUGGCUGAUCAAUUAGCUAAAGAAACGAAAUGA